AUGGCAUCCCCAGCAGCACAAAUGGGAGGCUCCAAGGGCGGCAAGGAGCCCAUUCUCUUCCGCUUCUGCUCAGAAUGCUCGAACCUGCUGUUCCCCCGCGAAGACAAGUCUGAGAACAAGCUGCUUUUCGCCUGCCGCACAUGCAACUUCACCGAAGAAGCGCCCUCAUCCUGCGUUAUGCGCCACGAAAUCGCGUCCACAGUCGGAGCCACAGCCGGUGUCACAGCCGAGGUUGCUCAGGAUCCUACGGUUGGUUACUCCCUGUCCGAUGCCCAAGCUGCCCAGGCCGCUCUUUCUGAGGAGAUGCCCUGCUGCACCAUGUGUGGCAUGCCCAUCAUGUGCCAGGAGUGCGGCGAGGAAUCGGCUCCUGGCUUUGCCCUGGAGGCCGAGGACGAGGACCCGCAAGCAGAGCGUCCCCAGCAACAGAUGCGCGAGGAGGAUGACAUGUUUGAAGAUUACGACGACGACUUCGAUGAGGACAUGUGGGACGAACCUCAGUCCUGA